AACGGAAGGGGGCGCCGGAAGUGAGCGUGGAGCUGCGCCGGAAGUGAAGGUGAAAAGGUGUGGCGGAAGUGGGGCAGAGUGAUGAUGGAAGGAAGGGGAAAGGUGUGGCGGAAGUGGCUCGGUUACACCGGAAGUGAAUGUAGCUAGGCAGGAAGUGAGUGCAGACUUGUGAAGGAAGGGAAGGGUGUGGAGGAAGUGGCACAGCGAUACCGGAAGUGAGUAUGGACUUACAGAGAAAGUGAAUGCAGAGUUGCACAGGAAGUGAGGGGAAAGGUGUGGCGGAAGUGGCAGAGAGCGGAAGUGAGUUUGGAGUUGCAAAUUACGUGAGGGGAGAUGUGCAGCGGAAGUGGCAGGGUUACAGCAGAAGUGAGUGAAGAGUUGCACAGGAAGCGAGGGAAAUUUGUGGCAAAAAAUUAGUGCAGAACUGCGGACCGGAAGCGGUUGCAGAGCUACGGCGGAUGUGAGUACAGAGCUGCACAGGAAGGGGCCUGAAGGCCGCACCGGAAGUGAGUGUCGAGCUGCGGCGGAAGUGGCCUCAAAGCUUCACCGGAAGUGGUUGCAAAGCUUCGCCGGAAGUGGCGUCAAUCCGCGCCGGAAGUGCCUCCCUCCCGUCGCCAUGGCGGCGGCGGCGGCGGCUCGGGCGCGGGCGGCCCAGGCCCUGGAGGCGGCGGUGCCGCGGGACGUGGUGCUGUUCCGCCACGAGCGGGGCACCUUUUUCCGCCUGGCGGGGCUCUUCUGCGCGGGACAGGGCGUCUUCUGGGCGGCCCUCGCUCACUCCGCCUUCACGGGGCUCCGCCCGCCGCCCCCCGGGGUGGGACCCGACGAUCCGCUGCGGCCCCGCGACCACAAAUGGCGGUGGGCCUUCACCGCCGCGUGCACCACUCUGGGUACGGGUGGGGUCGAGGGGUCAAGGGUCAGCGGGGUCAGGUGACAUGGGGGUCAGGUG